GGGGGGAUCCGCCGUGGCAGAAGGGUAAGGACUACAAGGAUGCGAUUACAAAGAUCAAGGAGCUCGAGUCAGAGGUCAAACGGCUCAAGACGCAAGGGGUUGCGGCGGCCCCUCCGUCGGAUGCGGCCGCCAUGUCCGUGGACUCGCAGGGUUUUGGAGCCGAGGCGUUGGGCGAGAGCCUCAGUGAGGCGGAGACCACCGAGCUGCGGCACAGACUCAAGUCGUUUGAUAAGCAGCUGGCGGUGCUUGGCAAGUUCGCCAGUGACGGGAAGUGCGGGGCCUACUUGCAGGGGCUACGCGCUGAGAAGGAGAUCAUACACCAGAAGCUACAGGCAUCCAGGCCCAUGUACGCGCAGCUGCAGACCUUGUCGGUGCGGCUCAAGUCUGGUCAGCAGAAGCUGGACAAGAUGCGCGAUGGCAUCGCCGCGCUGCACGACCAGCGGAAGAAGCUGGAGGAGCAGCUGCUGGUGGCAGAGGCGGAGAUGCAGACCCAGGAGGGCGAGGUCGCGGCGUUGGGCUUGCAGAUGCAGGAGUUGUCGGCCAAGUGCGGGGGCGCUCUGCAGAAGGCGGAGCUCGGCGAGAAGGUGCCUGGCAUGUCGAUCGAUGUCGAAGCGCUGGGCAGGCUGCUCUCGCAACAUGGGGUGGCCCAGGCCAUGCGGCAGCCUGGCCAGGGUGCAGGCGAUGGCGUGGAGGAGGCCGUGUCCGACACCCCGAUCUCAGUGCCUGGCACCCCCGUGCCGCAGACGCAGCAGCAGUUCGACGAGGGCAGCGCCAAGGCAUCCGAGGAGCAGCUGCGGGAGCACCUGGGGCCUCUUCUGGGUGACGCUUGUCCUGCUGACCUGCCUGGGCUGCGUGACGCUGCCAAGCGGGUUGCAGAGUUGUCGCUGCACUUCCUUCCACCCGCGGCCAAGAAGGGGAAGCACAAGACUAUGAAGGAGGACCUACCAUCCCUACAGGGUCACCUGCAGGACUUGGGAUAUCAUGGUAUCUACGAGGGUGCCAACAAGACGGGCUUAGAUGGUAAGUCAGGAGGUGUGGCGAUCCUGACGCAGAGCCACAUUGUCGUGAAGGCGCCUCCCUUGCUUCCAUGCCCUGUACUCGAGGCUGGGAGGCUCGUCGCCGCUGAUGUCGCCUGGGGAGUUCCACGAAUCCUGAUUGUGAUUGCAGUAUACCUGGUUUCGGGCGUGGGAUUGUCUCCCGAGAAUGAAGCGAUGUUGUUGAAGAUCGCGAACUAUUGCGCGCAGUUGAAUGGCAUCGGUAGAGAUUGGGUGGCUUUGGGGGACUGGAACCUGACGCCCGACCAGAUCAGCAUACCUAUUCGUGAUGGAGUUGGUGGGUACGCGCUUGCUCCCGAUUCACCAACCUGUGUGACAGAGCUUCCUGGGUCGAUUAUUGAUUUCGGUCUUGCAUGCGUCAACUUAUCCACGAGAUUGAGGAAGCCCAAGGUGGUGGAGUCCCCAACGGUCAAGGUUCACAAGCCUGUGAGCUUUCAGGUGUUGGCCAAGGGUAUGGAUCGCUGGUGCAAGGUCUUUUGCGAGCCAGUCCCAUUUCCCAAGGCCCCGCCGAUCGGCUGCCCACGUUUUCCCUUGGACUGGGACGCUGUGGAGAGGGCUAUCUAUUUUGCUGAGAAUGAGGCAGACAUCAGUGCAGCUUGGGAUAUCAUGAUGACCAAUAUCGAGUUAGAGCUGCACGGUGUAUAUGACUUGUGCGAUGGGACCCGAGGCAGUGGCCACAUCUGGGCGUGCGGGGCCAGCGGCGGCCAG